UCAAUCUGCUGCCUGCUUCAGCACUCAAACUUCCUCUUAUAUAUAACUAAUAAAAUAAUAUAUUGUAAUCUAAGGGAUAUAGUACUUAUUUAUUUUACCUUGAUUUUACCACCACAAGUUGUUGCUGCUAUUUAUAGUACGCAGUGCUUCCACCGUCCUCUCUUUCCAAGAAGUCUAUCAACACUUUCACACAUAUCACUAAAUAUUUUGCUGUCCUUCUCUCGAUCUUUCCAAACAGGAGUUGGUUGAUUGUGCUCUUUAGUUGCUUAGCUCCUCUUGAAUCUUCUCCAAACAAGAGUUUGGUUGGCUAUUCUCUUAUUUUGUCCAAACAGGAGUUGGUUGAUUGUGCUGUUUAGCUGCUAGCUAGCUACUCUUCUCGAUCUUUCCAAACAGGAGUUGAUUGAUUUUGCUCUUUAGUUACUUCUCGAUCUUUCCAAACAGGAGUUGGUGGAUUGCCUCUUCGGCCCACGAUGUCUCUGAGCAACAACAUUACAGCUUUAUUGAACUUCGUUGCCUUCAUGUGUUCCAUCCCAAUAACAGCAUCAGGUAUCUGGUUAGCCUCGAAGCCAGACAACGAGUGUAUCCACUGGCUACGAUGGCCGGUCCUCUUCAUGGGCCUUGCAGUUAUGCUCGUCUCGUUAGCUGGCUUCGUGGGCGCUUACUGGAAGAAAGAGGGACUCUUAGGUGUCUACUUAGUCUGUAUGGCCAUACUCAUAGUCCUCCUCCUCGUCCUCCUCGUCCUUGCCUUUGUCGUUACGCGCCCUAGUGGCGCGUAUUCCGUGCCAGGAAGAGGUUACAGUGAGUAUAGGCUCGCUGGUUUCUCUUCUUGGCUACAGAAUCAUAUUACUGAUGCUGAUAGUUGGAGGAAGAUAAGGCCCUGUUUGGCUGAUUCUGAAAUUUGUCCUAAGCUUAAUAGUGAGUUUGUUAAUGCUGAUCAGUUCUUUGCUGCUCAUAUCUCUCCUAUCCAGUCAGGAUGUUGUAAACCACCAACAAUUUGUGGGUACCAGUUUGUGAAUCCAACUGUAUGGAGUAACCCAACAAACACAAUAGCAGAUCCAGAUUGCACCAUUUGGAACGAUGACCCAAGCCAACUUUGCUACAACUGUGAUGCAUGUAAAGCUGGUUUAUUGGGAAAUCUCAGAAAAGAAUGGAGGAAAGCAAAUCUUAUUCUCAUCCUAACUGUUGUGGUUCUUAUUUGGGUAUAUGUUAUUGCUUGUAGUGCUUACAAAAAUGCUCAAACCGAACAACUUUUCCAACGUUACAAACAGGGUUGGGCUUGAUUUCGUUCCUACUUAUUCAGUUUUCGAAACUGUUUGAAAUGAUGUUGGUUGUAGUAAUGCAGUUUGGCUUUUGCUAUGGGAAAAAAGACAUAUUUAGGUGCUAGUUUUGUAUUUCAGUUUGUACAUAUUCUUUUGACCAUAUGUGGAAUUCAUGCGUUGUAGGCUUUUGCA